AACCUCCGGAGGCUCCUUUCUUCUUCAUCCUUUUUUCCCUUUAAGAAAAUGGUGGCUCGAGUUUCUUGGGCUGAUCUUCCCAUGGAAAUGCUCUCUUCCAUUGCCAAAAGGCUUGAGGACAGGCAAGACGUUCUCCAUUUUCGAGCUGUUUGUUCAUCCUGGAGGAAGACAGUCCCUUUGCCAAAAAAGUCCUUUCCUUUCUCAAUGAAGCUCCCGUGUGAUACUGAGGAACUAUCCAAUCCUUAUGCCUCCUUCAUUUUAUCACAGUCGAAGGUUUUCCGUCUGGAAAUAGAUGCCGCUGAUGGGUCUGGACGGAGAAGUUGGUUGGUGAAAGUACGAGAACAUGGGGACGACGGAACCUUGUGUUUUUUAAACCCCUUCUCCAUGUAUCCCUUGAAGAAGUUUCCAGAGUCCCUUCCGAAGCUGCUCGACACCCGGUAUUUCCGGAUUUCGGAGGUCACCAAGGUUUUCUCUAUUGAACGGAUUGUCGAACAGAUCAACGACAAAGAGAGCAACGACACCGAGUAUGAGGACGUGGGGUGGAUUUACAAAGCGGAAAUCUGUACGAAUUUCCGAAGGAAACCUUACAUUGCAAUGAUCAAGAAAGGAGAACUCUGGUACAUGAAGGGAGGGACGGGUUACUGGUGUCUCCUCGAUGAAGACGUUGAGUUCCGCGACAUUAUCAACUUCAACGAUACCUUCUACACUAUAGAUAUUUACGGUGUUGUUUCUGGAUACAAUCAGGGUUCUAUGGGUCUGAUUGAAGUCUACCCUCGUCCAUCCAGGCAAAUAUGCGAGGGUGAAAGAUACUUGGUAGAAUCUUGUGGGGAACUUUUCUCUGUCCAUAGGGAAUUCGGUGAGUGCAUCGGAAAGGUGCACUACGACGACGACAUGGAUUGUUUCUAUAAGGAAGAAGGAGUUACUGAGAUUCCGGUUAAUUUCAGGGUGUUCAGAGGUGAUCAGAACGACCUUGGGUUCGAGGAGAGGUGGAGGGAGAUUAGGCAUCUUGGGGAUAGAGUGUUCUUUGUAAGCCAUGAUUGUUCUUUCUCGUUUUCUGCUCGAGAUUUCCCUGGCUGCAGAGGGAAUUGCAUAAUCUUCGUGGAUGAAAUAGAAGAGCCAUUCGCAGAGGAUUGCAAUGGGAAUGAUGAUGAAGAGAACGAAGAUCCUGAGGAACUAAAGAAUGGAAAGGUGGGAUUGUUCUUCAUGGAAGAUCGAAGACAUGCAUCUAUCAUAGAUUUCCCUGAGUACCUGAAAAUAUUCUGGCCACCUCCUUCCUGGCUGAGGUCAAAUCCGAGUCCAUCAGGUCACUGAGCAAGUAGUGUUGCAGAGGAACUUCUAGCAGCACUUCCAACAGAGAAGACCUAAAUUCUGUUUACCUUUUGUGGAAGUAUUUGGAAGCUUUAUGAAUAAAUAAAUAUUGCCUGGUGUUGUUUUGUUGUUUCUAUAUGUAAAGAGCAAGUUGGAAGUUGUUCUUCCACCUUUCUCAGUGUCUUAUUUGUUGUUUAAGGAGUCUUUUAGGACCUAUGUUUUGUCUUGUGUAUGUUGAAAGGUGGGAGCUUCUGCACCACCAAAUUAUGAUGGUUUGCUGUAUCUGUAAGCAGGAUGGUUUUUCUGACUCUGAUGCUUGUCAUCUCUAUUUUAAGGAUUUAGCAGCUUUUUCGCUGCUAAACUUAUAAUAU